AUGUCUGGCGAAGCGGGAUGGAAUCUGGACGAUGACCCGUUUGCGUCCAACGUAAAAGACCACUCAUCGUACGCCUUCGAGCUUCCGUAUCGAGACCCGCCGGAACGGUACCAAAGCAUUGACAGCAAGUUCUCGACUGAACAAGCCGGGCCUUCUACUGCGUCCCUGAUAUCAGAGCCCCGCGAGUCGGGAGAUCUGAUGGAUGGACAGCGUGAAGAGGACGAAGUGCGGUUAACCGGUCAUGCAGCACGGCCAGGGAUGAGCAGUGGAUGGAGUUGGGCGGAACAGUCGGACCUAGAGAGAACGGCGCCCUCAGCACGUACGCGUAGAAGGACUGUGCGUUACGGUACAUCCCCGUCCCCGUUCAAGAAGACAGGGAGCACUCUCAAGAAUGUCUCGCGCAGUCUACGCCGUGCAUCAUUACGCGUCGUUAAUCUCGCCGGGUUUGGACUAGAAGAUCAUGUACGCUUGGACGACCCAGCGGACGAAUCGAAAGAGAGUAUGCUCGACGAUAAAGAAGUCCUCGAGGAAGAAGUCGACGAAGAUGUUUCUCUACCCGAUCUCUCUCAAAGUCUACCAAUCCGCGGUCGCACUCUCGCGUACUUCAACUCUGCUAGUAGAGUUCGUAUGGCAACGUAUAAUUUUCUGGUAGCUCCAUGGACAGAACCUAUCAUAUUGCUCCUCAUCGUCUUCAAUGCGGUCGUCCUGACAAUACAAUCUCACAAGUCUGCUGCACUUGCUUCGGAUGGCAGUCAGAAUCCGCCGGUGGUCAACGGCUAUUUUCAUAUUUGGGAGGACUAUGCGCUCUUCGCCUUGUUUUGUUUCUUUACAGUAGAAGCCUUUGCACGUAUAUGUGUAUCCGGAUUCCUGCUCGAUCCCGAAAUGCCGGUGUCAUCCAUCUUCUCAUCGUUCUCUUUUGCUGCAUACCCGGACAAUUUCAUACCCUCCAACCAUGUAGAACCAAACACGCCACUGACACGGCAUUUCUCUGUUGCAUCUGCUCACUCACAAGCACGUCUAUCAUUCCGUAGAAUUAAUCUUGUUCAGCGUCUACAGCGGCUAGUCAACAACCUGGCCAGGCCAUUUGCCCUGCGACAUAACGCAGCUGUACCCCUCCCUCAGGAUUCAGCAACUCUACCAUCAUCAGGAUCUUCUUCAUCGCACAUACGAACAGACACUGUACAAUCCCAAACGCCAAUGAUGGAGCAAGCAUACUCUAAGUUUCAAGAAAUGCACAUGCACGUGCGGGAGCCCUCCCAGCCGACAUUCUUCUCUACUGCACUGCGUUCGGACAAUCCGGAUGUACUUGCUUUACCGUUUCGGCUUUCAAUUGCAAGCGCGCGCACGCAGACCAAACGUAACGUUCCUUACUUGCGUCACAGCUGGAACCGCAUCGACUUUGUUGCUAUCCUCGGGUUCUGGGUCUCCUUUGUACUUGCAACUGCUGGAGUUGAACGCGGAACGUAUCAUAUCGGUAUCUUCCGCGCUUUAAGCGUCCUCAGGACCGCUAGGUUGCUGGCAAUCACCUCUGGUACGACGGCGAUUAUGCGCUCUUUGAAAACUGCUCGUCCGCUGCUCGCGAGUGUGGCAUAUUUCUUGGCGUUUGCCAUGGUCCUUUUUUCCGUAAUUGGCAUUCAGGCAUUCAAAGGGUCCUAUCUUCGCUCCUGCAACUUGCUCCCAGUGCUGGGCGAGGCUGAAACAGACCUUAGCCAGAAUUGUGGCGGAUGGAUAGAUCCAAAUACAUUGGAAGUAAAGGGUUACGUCACUAGAGACGGUAGCUAUGGAUCGGCGAAGGGGUAUAUAUGUCCACUCGGGCAAGUAUGCAUGGAGAACGACAUGAACCCAUACAGCAAUAUAGAAAGUUUCGACAAUAUAUAUUACUCGGCACUGCAAGUGUUCAUAGUAGCAUCUUCCAAUGGCUGGUCCCCCAUAAUGUACAACAUGAUGGACGCCGAGUUCUUCGUGUCCUGCUUGUUCUUCAUAGUCUGCAUCGUCAUCCUCAACUUUUGGUUGAUCAACCUCUUCGUCGCUGUAAUCACCAAUACAUUUGCAGCCAUAAGAGCUGACACCAAGAAGAGCGCAUUCGGCGCCGCAUCCGUUGCACCCUUUCUCGAUGAGAACGAAGACGGAUGGACUACGUCGGACGGCAAACUUGCUCCCAGUCGCAAUCGAGUCAAGGAGGUGUACGACAGCAUCCGAUGGUGUUGGGUGGGACUUGCACUCGCUUCGCUCACUUUGCAGGCUACGCGAACGAUAAACAUGGGAACGACGCACACUCAGGUUUUGCAACUCGGAGAGUUGAUUCUCACGACACUCUUUGACGUUGAAAUCAUCAUUCGGAUCAUCGCCUACUUGCCAGAGUGGCGAAACUUUUUCUGCCGGGGUCAGAAUCUCCUUGAUUUGAUUUUGACGAUUGGGUCUACCGUUAUUCAGAUUCCCCCUAUCCAUGACUCCCCUGUCUAUCCCUGGUUCACGAUAUUCCAGUUGGCGAGGUUUUACCGAGUCAUUCUCGAGAUUCCAAGAAUGAAACCGCUGCUGUUGGCGGUUUUCGGAAACAUGUACGGUUUGGCCAACAUGACGCUCUUCCUCAUCCUGCUCAAUUUCGUUGCGGCGCUCGUGGGAGUCCAACUUAUGCGGGGAGAUAUUGACCGCGGAGCCUUCAUAGACUAUGGUCAGAUCUACAACUCGUUCCUCGCCGCAUAUCAGCUGUUUUCUUCCGAGAAUUGGACGAAUGUUCUCUAUGGCGUGGGACCUCCAGAGAUUCCUCUGCGGCAAGCUCCUGUAGCCAUUCUAUAUCUCACGGGAUGGUUUUCUCUGGCAAAUUUCAUCAUAUUACAAAUGUUUAUUGCCGUGAUCAACGAGAACUUCCAGAUUGCUGAGGAAUCAAAACGUAGCCAACAGGCAUCUCAUUACUGGGCUUCCCAUCGUCCUCAGCAGUCUCACGUUCCUUGGUUGCAAAAAUUCAAUCCGUACAGGUGGCUCAAAGCUCAGCCAAAGGCUAUCAGGGUCGAGCAACUUCCAUCAGAUCUGGUCCUACCAAUGCAAACGACGCUGGUGGAGGAAUACAGUGCUCCCAAAGAGGAGGUUUUGAUCGACGAGGCGUUACGGAAAGGCAGGCUUCCUGCCAAGUACCUCGCAAAGACCUACCUUCAGCACUUGCAACGUCUCUUCUCCGGAGAUGCAGAAGUAGAGCAAGUGCCAUUAGCUUCAAUGCGCAAUGGUCGACGGGACUCGGUUAUGCCACAGGACGCAAUGGACGAGGAAACUGAACGUCAUCUUGAUUUCCUAGCCGCUCUGAACUCUGAAACCGCAGCCAUGGAGGAUUUCACGGACUACUUGUACGAACGUCGCGCUCGCAAGGCUGAUUUCAUCCGCGACCAUCCGACCUAUGAUAAGACUUUCUGGCUGUUUUCGCAGAAGAACGCUGUGCGCCGUGCUUGUCAAAAACUCGUAGAGCCUGCCGGCGGGGAGAGAAUCUUCGGGACUCCUGCAUCUCCUAUCGCCCAUCCCAUCUUCCAGCUUUUCCUAUUUCUUGCAGUCGUCGGCGGCGGUAUUGUGGUAGAGGCGAUCGCAACUCCUACAUACCGUCGCAACUGGCAGCUGCAGCACGGUCUAGUUCGCUGGUCGUGGUACGAUAUCACCGAGACGGCAUUCAGCCUCACGCUCUUCUUCGAGUUUAUCAUCAAAGUCAUCGCAGACGGCUUUGUAUUCACACCGAAUGCAUACGUGCGGAGCAUCUGGAACAUCCUGGAUUUCCUCGUAAUGGUUGGUAUCCUCACCAACGUCAUCACUGGACUCAUCUUCGUCGGCGGCCUCAGUCGCUUCACUCGGGCUUUGAAAGCACUGCGUGCCCUUCGACUCGUCACGCUGAUCGACCAGAUGCGUUCUACUUUCGAAUCCCUCAUAAUAUCCGGAGUCUCCCGUAUCCUUGACGCGUGUAUGCUGGCAAUCCUCUACAUGAUUCCUUAUGCCGUCUGGGGUCUCAAUAUUUUCAACGGACUGAUGAAGGAAUGCAACGAUACAAGCGUCUCUGGUGUAAGUCAAUGUCUCGACGAGUACAGCAACACGAUCUACGGCAAUUCAUUUGGAUUUCUUGUUCCGAGGGUCUGGGCGGACCCUUCUCCAUCCACCACGUUCUCGUUCGACACUUUCCGAGCGUCUCUGCUCAUCCUCUUCGAGAUCGUCUCGCUCGAAGGAUGGAUCGAUGUCACAACGGUUGCAGUCAGCCUCGUAGGGAAAGGACUACAACCUCAGAUGAACGCUGUACAGUUCAACUCGAUCUUCUUCCUAAUAUACAAUUUGUUGGGUGCAGUCAUCAUUCUGACUCUAUUCGUCAGUAUAAUCAUAGGAAACUUUACGUCAAAGACGGGCUCUGCGUUGCUUACGCAAGCGCAAAGAGAGUGGAUAGAUCUCCAGAAGCUGAUCAAGCGUCAGAGGCCAGCCAAGCGACCGAAGAGUAGACCCACCUGGGCGUUGAGAGCUUGGUGCUUCGAUCGUGCAGUACACAAGCAUGGUUGGUGGCACAGGAUGAUGACGGUACUGUUCACAAUCCAUGUCAUCGCGCUCAUGACUCAAACACUGGACACAAUCUAUGACGACGCACGAGAUGAUUUCUUCCUCUUUGUCACCGUCGUUUAUGCUUUGGACGCCGUUAUACGGCUCUUUGGGCUUGGCUGGCGCAGUUUUUGUUCUAAUGGUUGGAACAUAUUUGACGUCGUCGUCGCCGGAGGCAGUCUCUUUACGACGAUUGUGGUACGCUUCUAUCCGGUUGGUUACGUCGCAGGGCAGAUGGAGAAGCUGUUCAUAACCUGCAUUGCCUUCAAGUUGGUACAACGUACCAACAGCCUGAACAAAUUCUUCAAGACGGCAGUGGCGAGCCUCUCCACAAUCAUCAGCUUGUUGGCAUUGUGGCUGAUUCUCUUCAUGUUCUUUGCCAUCAUGUACUUGGAAGUCUUCAGCAUGACCAAAUGGAAUUCAGCAGAGACGCCGAAUGAGAAUUACACCACAAUGGGCAAAGCAUUGGUCAUGUUAGCAUUCAUGACAACAGGCGAAGGGUGGAACCAAUACAUGCAUGAUUUUGCCUUAGAAUAUCCGCGCUGCACGAUCCAACCCAAUGGCGAGACCGACUGUGGUAGCAAGGGCUGGGCAUAUUCUUUGUUCAUCGCAUGGAACCUGCUGAGCAUGUAUAUAUUUGCCAACCUUUUUGUUGGUGUUGUCGUGGACAGUUUCUAUUACGUCUUCCAGAUGUCAGGUGGCGCCAGGUCGAUCACGCGAGAGGAGAUGCGCGCGUUCAAGAAAGUUUGGGCCGAGUUCGCGAACCCCAAAACAGGUUUUUUGGAGCGCCAUCGUUUCGUCGCUUUCUUUGGUAAACUGAGCGGCAUUUUUGAAGUCAGAAUAUACCCGGCAGAGUACAGCAUUGUCAACACCCUGGAUAGGUGCUCGGAAGCACCACCACCCCAUUCGGCUUGGCCUUCAAAGCAGGUGGACGGUGUCAACCUGGAGAAGCUUCACUCUGUGCUCAACGGUAUAGAUCGUGCCGCGAUCAAGAAAAGGAAGAACCUCUACAACCGGCUCUAUCAUGAAGCUCGUAUUUCUUACGAGCCUGGCAAGGGUAUCUCGUUUACAAAUAUGCUGAUGCUCCUAGCACAUCAUAAACUCAUAGUGGAUCGAGAUGCCCUAGUACUGAAGGACCUAGUCGUGCGCGCUGAGACGAACAGAUUAGUCACUGACCUCGUCGAUUACGAUCGCGUGCAGUCACUGCUUUUGAUGUUCCUGAAUCGUCGGCGAUAUCUAGUUCAACGGGAAAAGAGGAGACGGAAGGAGAUGGAAGAACAAGAUAUACCUGCUAUCGUGGUGGACAAUCUCCCAGCUACACCCCCGAUAAUGACCCGCGAUAUAACGUCUCCCGGGCAGGGGAGUUCUAUGUAUCGUUUCUCAGGACCGGAUAGCCCGCUAGCAUCUCCGAGCAGCGUUCAUUCUCCUGACGGUUCGCACAUCUCGCUUGGACUCGAUUCUCCUGUGCGACCGGGCUCUCAGAGGAGGAGGGUCAGCGAUAUCAGUCUGAUGUCGCUGGAUGUGGGAGCCAGUCUUUGGGCUGAUGCGUCCACGAGAGACUCGCGAAGCUCUCACGAUGAGCCGGAUCGUGUCCUGUCCGCCGUGCAAGGUUCGAUGUGGAACGGUAUGCUGCUGUCUUUAUAG